CCACCACCUUCAUCAUCCACACACACACGGCCGAACAGUCCCGGCCAGAACCCUCAUCUCAAGACUCCCCCCUCUCCGCCAUGUAACGGUGCGGCCCGUUCUCAAAACCCCGUCUUUUUAUGCCCGACCCCAGCCAUGCGGGCCUCUCCCCGGCCGCCGUCGAGUCCGUCGCCGGCCUCAGCGCCGGCACCGUCGCGACUCUAGUCGUCCACCCGCUCGACAUUGUCAAGACGCGCAUGCAGAUCUACCGCAGCGGCUCGUCCUCCUCGCCGCGCCCCACGACCGUCGCCCUCCUCCGCUCCCUCACCGCAAACGACCGCCCCGUGGCCUCCCUCUACCGCGGCCUGACGCCCAACCUCGUCGGCAACGCCUCCAGCUGGGCCUCCUUCUUCUUCUUCAAGUCGCGCCUCGAGCGCGCUCUCGCCGCCCACCGCGCCCACCCGGGUGGACAGCCCACGGCCGGCGACUACUUCGUCUCGUCGGCCCUCGCCGGCGUCGCCACCUCGGCCCUCACCAACCCCGUCUGGGUCCUCAAGACGCGCAUGCUCUCCUCGGACCGCGCCGCCGCCGGCGCCUACCCCUCCAUGCUGGCCGGCGCCCGCGCCAUCCUCCGCUCCGAGGGCCUGCGCGGCUUCUACCGCGGCCUCGGCGUCUCCAUGCUCGGCGUCUCCCACGGCGCCGUUCAGUUCGCCGUAUACGAGCCCGCCAAGCGCGUCUACUUUCGGCGGCGUGAGGCUGCUGCCGCUGCCGCUGCUGCUGACCGCGGCGGCGGUGGCAGCUCGGCGGUCCACGACGCGGCGGACGCCCGCAGGCUCACCACCGAGGCGACCGUCGUGCUGUCCAGCGUCGCCAAGCUCGUCGCCGGCGCCGUCACCUACCCGUACCAGGUCCUGCGCAGCCGCCUGCAAAACUACCAGGCCGACGAGCGCUUCGGCCGCGGCUUCGUGGGCGUCGUGUCGCGCACCUGGGCCGAGGAGGGCCUCGCCGGCUUCUACCGCGGCCUCGUCCCCGGCGUGGUGCGCGUCAUGCCCGCCACGUGGGUCACCUUUCUCGUGUACGAGAACGUCAAGUACUACCUGCCGCGCUGGCUCGACUGAUGACGGGGGCGUCGUCGACGACGACGAUGACCGGGAGGGGGAGGGGGAGAAGGAGCCGCCGCGUGAAGAAGCACAAGUCACAGUCAUGUUUCUUUUCGGCCAUGCGCAUUUUCGGGCCGCGCUGGGCCUGUAACCGGACGACGCUCCGACACGCGAGCGUACAUGCGUACAUAUAGUACUACGUACGUACUACACUCCAUCAUCCAUGAUCCUUCCGCGAGCGCGUGGGACGAGCGUCCCCUUCCUACCGGCCCGGGACUGGGGCGGCGGCGGCUGCGGCUGCGGCUGUGGCAGCGGCAGCGGCGCACAUAUCACGUUCCUGAAUCACCUAUAGCCAGGCAACAUCUCGUACAUGUCACCAUCACACUUGCCAAGCCAAGAAAAAAAAUUGAGACUCGCAAACCUUCUGCAAAGAGCUCGCUGGCUGUCCCGGCAGGUGCCGCCGUCGCGUGCCUUGGAGCAAAGGGGCAACCGAUACGCGGCAAACAGGGCUGUAGGGUAGCAGCACACACCCCCCUUGUUUUCGUUCGCCUAUUCUCUCAGGGGCUCGCCGCAACACGAC